UAGCUGUCUGCAGCAAUUGCUGGAAGGCGAAAAUAUGUAGCGCAUUCAAUAAUAAUGCAUUCAGUUUAGCAUUAUUUUAGCCGCUGCGUUAAUAAUGAACGAAUUAAAGGACCAGUAAAAGAAUGGCUGUUGAAGCUGUCCAUUGCAACCUCAGUCAGAAUGGGAUAGAUCACCAGGUGUGCACAGAGGAAGUGACCUCGCACCUGGAGGAGGAGUCUGUUGAUCAAGGUCCUGUGCAGGACGAUAACAGCACUACCUUCCAGGGCCAGAGGCAGAGCCCCAAAGAGCAGCAGCCCUCAGAUAUCGAAGUUUCACGGCUGGGGAACGUAAAGCUGAGCAAGCCGGUGGCACUGUGGACCCAGCAGGACGUGUGUAAAUGGCUGAAGAAACACUGCCCCAACCAGCACCAGCUGUACAGCAGCUCCUUCAAGCAGCACGACAUCACAGGCCGGGCCCUGAUGCGGCUGACGGACAGAAAGCUGGAACGCAUGGGGAUCCAGCAGGAGGGCCAGCGGCAACACGUCCUCCAGCAGGUCCUGCAGCUGCGGGUUCGAGAGGAGGUGCGUAACCUGCAGCUGCUCACGCAAGCAUCCCUGGAGAGUUCACCAUAGCCAGAAUGUUCCAGGGAGCCACACCAGCCACACAAUGUUCCGGAAGUGCCCGCCUCCCUCACACCUCAAACCACGCCGCUCUCCCACACACCUAAACUGGCCACUUCCUUCCUUCUGCUCUUCCCCUCCCCUUAUCACACCUGUUUCCUCUCCUAACCACACCCCUCUCUAACACACCUAGAGUGGCCCCUUCCUUCUGUCCUGCCCCUCUCCUCCCCCUAACCACACCCCUCUCUAAUGCACCUAGAGUGGCCACUUCCUUCUGUCCUGCCCCUCUCCUCCCCCUAACCACACCCCUCUCUAAUGCACCUAGAGUGGCCACUUCCUUCUGCCCUGCCAAGGGCAAACGACAGCAACAACACAAACAAUGGGAACCAGAGAUGAAAACAAGCCUCAGCCAAUGACUCCACAAACAACUAUGAAAAAAGCACUCCAGAAAUACAGUACUGUCCACUUGGAACCCAAGCUCUCCACACAUUAAUGUCUUCAGAAAGUAGCACUUUAAUGUCUAUUCUCCAGUAGGAAUACCCAAAUAGCACAGUGAAGUUGUGCAAUCAGUCCAACAUAUCAGGUUUAUCUGCCUCUCUUUCAUGCCAUCUUCUCUGGUCACUCCACACGUGAAAUGACUCAAAAGCAAGAUGAGAUCACAUCUUGCACCUUCCAUUUAAUCUCCU